UGAUGAAUUGAAUAGGGAAGAAGAAGGAGGAGGAGGAGAAUCCAAUCCGGUUUGAGCAGGUUUUUGUUUCGGACGAGCGUUAACGUGUUCCUAUACUGUGCUCAAGCUUACUGUGUGAAUCUUUAACCGAGCUCAACACACAGUGUCGACUGUUUUUUAGCGUUAAAUCCGUGCAUCUUGCAUUUUUAACCGCUUUGGUUUUUGCGUGUUGUACAAACCCACAGCCAUGCCUAAAAGGAGCAAAGCGAACAAUGAUGCUGAAGUCACUGAGCCUAAAAGAAGGUCGGAGAGGUUGGUAAAUAAACCGGCACCCCCAAAGGCAGAGCCUAAGCCAAAGAAGGCGGCUGCCAAGCCUAAGAAAACAAAGGAACCCAAGGAGCCCAAGGAGGAGGAGAAGAAAGAGGAGGUGCCCGCAGAAAACGGAGAAACAAAAGCUGACGAAGAGGUAACAUAGUCAUAUACUGGCAAAUCUUCCAUAUAAAA